UCAAGGGUGUAUUUCGACAAUAUAUUCUAGAGAGGAAAGCAAAACCCUAAAGCUACUGAAAACGUUCUACAGAUCCACUUUCCCCCUUCUCCUACAAUACAAAGCGGCGAGCUUUAUCGCUGCUACCUUGAAACUCAAAUCCAAUAACAAAAAUCAUGGCGGCGAAGUACGACCUGACGCCACGUAUAGCGCCGCAACUGGACAGGCACUUGGUUUUCCCGUUACUGGAGUUCUUGCAAGAGAGGACAUUGUACCCCGAUGAAGAUAUGCUUAAGGCUAAGAUUGAGCUUCUUAAUCAUACUAAUAUGGUUGAUUAUGCUAUGGACAUUCAUAAAUCCCUUUAUCAUACCGAAGAUGUCCCUCAAGAGAUGAUGGAGAGGAGAGCUGAGGUUGUGGCAAGGUUGAAAGCACUUGAGGAAGCUGCAGCCCCAUUGAUUAAUUUUUUGCAGAAUUCCAGUGCUGUCCAGGAAUUGAGAGCUGACAAACAGCACAAUCUUCAGCUGCUCCAAGAGCGGUACCAGAUUGGUCCAGACCAGAUAGAGGCAUUGUAUCAGUAUGCCAAGUUCCAGUUUGAAUGUGGAAACUACUCUGGUGCUGCUGAUUAUCUUUACCAAUACCGAGCCUUGUGUACAAACAGUGACAGGAGCGUCAGUGCAUUGUGGGGAAAGCUUGCUGCUGAGAUACUAAUGCAGAAUUGGGAUAUUGCACUUGAGGAACUCAACCGCUUGAAGGAAAUUAUCGACUCGAAGAGUUUCUCGACUCCGUUGAAUCAAGUUCAGAAUAGAAUAUGGCUAAUGCAUUGGAGUCUAUUCAUCUUCUUCAACCAUGACAAUGGCAGAACACAGAUCAUUGACCUAUUUAAUCAGGACAAGUAUUUGAAUGCCAUUCAAACAAGUGCUCCCCAUUUGCUACGAUACUUGGCGACUGCAUUUAUUGUGAACAAGCGGAGAAGACCUCAAUUUAAGGACUUUAUAAAAGUUAUUCAGCAGGAACAAUACUCUUGCAAAGAUCCCAUCACAGAGUUUUUGGCGUGUAUUUAUGUCAACUAUGACUUUGAUGGAGCACAGAAAAAGAUGAAGGAGUGCGAAGAGGUAAUUUUGAAUGACCCAUUUCUGGGAAAACGAGUUGAAGAGGGCAGUUUUUCCAGUGUGCCAUUGAGGGAUGAAUUCCUUGAAAAUGCUCGCCUUUUUAUCUCUGAGACCUAUUGUCGCAUUCACCAACGCGUUGACAUGGGGGUUCUAGCUGAGAAGCUAAACUUGAACUACGAGGAGGCCGAGCGAUGGAUAGUGAAUCUUAUUAGGACCUCAAAGCUUGACGCUAAGAUUGAUUCCGAGUCAGGAACAGUUAUAAUGGAACCAACUCAACCAAAUGUGUAUGAGCAGCUCAUUGAUCAUACCAAGGCCCUUUCUGGUCGUACUUACAAAUUAGUCAGCCAGCUUCUUGAACAUGCACAAACACAGGCUGCUCGCUAGUUUGGUUGAGAAAGUCAAGCCAGUGUCAAUUUUUUGCAUUGCUCCCAUGCGGUCUUAUUAACCUUUAUAUUCAAGAAUGUUUUUUCACUUUUGUAAUGCCUAGAUUUUCCUUGGAGGAAUCGAGAUUCAUGGUUCAUUAAAUAUCUUGUCUCACUAUUCUUUAUCUUCAUCUCCAUCUGAAGUGGAGCACCUCUGUAUGUGUAUACUCGUUUUGCCUGGGAGAUUUUUUUUGGCUGUAAUGCCUAGGUUUUAUGGUUCAUAUGAUGCUUACUCA